GGUGUAGCAAAAGAUUGAUGAUAGAUAUACAAGCCAUCUUAAAGUUAGGGGUUAUAUUUACAAAUAUUUCAUAUCCAAAAUCUGUUAUCCGACUUGCCUUCUCAAUCUUCACCCUCUAAUGGCGGCUUCAUGUGUUUCAUCGUCAGCUUCAGCUUUCACACUCCAAUCAGAUUUUUUAAGAAAUCGAUCUCCAAAACCAAUUUCCCUAUCAUGGAGUUCUUCGUUUCCGCAGUUUAAUCUAUCCCUCAGUUCAGUAUCAUCAAAUCGCAACCUCAAGAACAAGGGAUUUGUUGUCGAAGCGGCUUGGACACGAAGAUCAAGAAGCGAACUUGACAAAAAACCAAACAAAAAAUCAUGGAAACAAAGAACGGAUAUGUACAUGAGACCAUUUCAACUAAACGUUUUCUUUUCAAAAAGAUUUGUUCAUGCAAAAGUAAUGCAUAGAGGAACAAGCAAAGUGAUAUCCGUUGCUACUACAAAUUCAAAAGAUUUAAGGAACACAUUGCCUUCGCUUAUAGACAACGAAGCUUGUAGGGUCAUAGGUAGGUUAAUAGCCGAUCGAUCAAAAGAAGCCGAUGUUUUUGCCAUUACUUUUGAAGCCAAAAAGAAUGAAAGAAUCGAAGGGAGACUUGCCAUUGUUCUUGAUACCAUCAAGGAGAAUGGUAUUAUCUUCGUUUGA